GGUUAUUGUACUCAGAUGCUCUCCAGCCUUGUAGGCCUGAGCCAACCCAUCUCCUUGGCUGGCUGUGCCACUCAGAUGUUCCUUUUUAUCACUUCAGCUAUCAACAAGUGCUUUCUACUCACAGCAAUGGGAUAUGACCGCUAUGUGGCCAUCUGCAACCCCUUGAGGUACACAGUCAUCAUGAACAAGAGGGUGUGUGCCCAGCUGGUAUGGGGGGACUGCAACAUUGGGCUACUUGUGGCCACAAUUCAGAUUUCCUCUGUGUUCAGGUUGCCCUUUUGUGACAGAGAGAUGGCCCAUUAUUUUUGUUACAUCCGCCCAGUUAUGAAACUCUCCUGUGCUGACACCACUAUACAUGACAUAAUUAAUUUCCUUGUCAGCUCACUCAUUAUUGUGGUGCCCAUGGUUUUGGUCUUCAUCUCCUAUAUCCUCAUCAUCUCCACCAUCCUCAAGAUCACCUCUGCCGAGGGCCGGAAGAAGGCUUUUACCAUCUGCACCUCCUACCUCCCUGUGGUCAUUGUCCACUAUGGCUGUGCCUCCAUUCCCUAUCCCAAGCCCAAGUCAGAGAUCAUGAGGGAUCAGGACCAGGUGAUUGCAAUGACUUACACCGUUUUUACUCCUCUCCUUAAUCCUGUGGUGUAUACUCUAAGGAACAAAGAGGUCAAGGAUGCCCUUCACUGUGCUGUUGGCAAAAACCUCUUGCCUAGGAUCUUUGGUAGCUUGAUAUAUACCCUAUCAUACUCUGGGUAUUUUUGUAAUCACAAGAAAAAUUGA